GUUAGUCUCUUCUUCUCGACGAACUAACUCUCACCCCCCAACACCCUUCCUGUCGAACAUUCAAUAGGACAUCGAAAAUUUCCCACAGGAAAAGUUAAACAAGAAAAGAUAAGAGCCUACAUUCUAGUUGCCUGAUAUCAGGAUGAAGAUAUGGUGGUGGCUGGUUCUGACAAUACAAUUGGCCUGCUGCAAAGUGCAAGCGCAAGGCGAGAGCGACUGUCUCGACCCCGACUGCAAGAGCCGACAACCGUGGACCGAAAGUGCUGUGAAACGCCAACCGCUGCUGUCAAGAUGGGACUGUCUCGACGCCGACUGCAAGAGCCGACAACCGUGGACCCAAAGUGCUGUCAAACGCCAACCUCUGCUGUCAACAUGGGGCAGUCAGCGACUUUCCGACCUCUUCUACUUCGACUACAAACGCAGACCGGCGUUCUCCAGCUGGGGAGGCAAACGAGGCCCGGCCUUCUCCAGUUGGGGAGGCAAGAGGAGUGCGCCAUCAAAUGCCUCCAAUUACGUCACAAUUCCCUACUACACCAGUGAUACAUCGGAUUCACUCAAUGAAGAUUGGAAUGACAUUGACACCAGUAAACUCCAUCUACAUUCAAUACCAGAGAAGAUUCCUUCAAUACCAUUCUCCAGUACUUGGGUCCCCAGGGAUGAAAACUUUCUUGACAGUAGUGUACCUGGGGAAAAAUCUUACCUAAAGUAUAUUCCAUUCGAAGAAAUUUUAUAUGAGCCUCAAUCAGACAAUGAAAUGGAUAAAUUAUAUCAGCAAGGUGAUACAUUGAGCAAUAUAGAUGGGAAAAGAGCUGCAGCAUUUAAUAGUUGGGGUGGAAAACGUAAUGCAGCAUUCAGCAGCUGGGGAGGUAAACGAGCUGCUGCUUUCAACAGCUGGGGAGGUAAGAGGAAUGCAGCUUUUAACAGCUGGGGUGGUAAGAGAGCUGAGGAACUGAAUGAUUUAGAUAAGGAUAAACGAGCUGCAGCAUUUAACAGCUGGGGAGGUAAGAGGAAUGCAGCUUUUAACAGCUGGGGAGGGAAAAGAGCAGAAGAAUUAAAUUAUUUAGAUGAAGAUAAACGAGCUGCAGCAUUUAACAGCUGGGGAGGUAAACGAGCUGCAGCUUUCAACAGCUGGGGAGGCAAGAGAAAUGCAGCUUUCAACAGCUGGGGAGGUAAGAGAGCUGCAGCUUUCAACAGCUGGGGAGGUAAGAGAUCUGAAGAAUUAGAUAACUUUAAAAGAGUACCAGAAUCUUACAUUUCGGGCGAAGAUAAGAGAGCUGCAGCAUUUAAUAGUUGGGGAGGCAAGAGGGUACCGGCCUUCAAUAGUUGGGGAGGUAAGCGGGCAGCAGCUUUCAACAGUUGGGGAGGCAAAAGAACUAACACAGCCUUCAGUAGCUGGGGAGGUAAGAGAUCUGACGGUUUGAAUAAAUUGGAUGAAGAUAAAAGAGCUGCUGCCUUCAACAGUUGGGGAGGCAAGAGAAUACCAGCAUUCAAUAGUUGGGGUGGAAAACGAAGCCAGUUGAUAGGUGAGGAAGAUUUAGAUUCGCAUAAUGAGGGCAGUAAUGAUGAGGAUUCAAAAAACGUUGGGAAUUAUACACAUCAGAAUGCUUUGGAAUUUGAUACUAGUGAUCAAACUACUGAAAUUCCACAGGUUAUCAACCCUAUAAAAACAAUUAUUUCAUCUUAUGAUGUGAGGGAUCGCGAAAAUGACAAUGAAGAUGAAGGUAGUAAGAAUGACUCUUCAAUCAGAGAGAAACGAAAACGUAUGACGAUAAGAGCUGGAAAGCGGAAGCCUAGAUUUUACAGCUGGGGUGGAAAAAAGCGAAGUGAGUCUGAAUCUGAUGAAUAUGAAGACGAGUAUUCAUCAGAUUUGUCAUCUGAUGAAGACUAUCGGUUCGAGCCACUGGAGAGUAUCGAAGAUGAGAAUGUAAUUGAGGAUGAUAAAAACAUUAGGAAACGCAUUGAUGAGUUAUACACCACACAUUCCAGAUCGGGAUUCAGUGGAAAAAGGAAGCCUGCGUUUUCCAGUUGGGGCGGUAAACGGAGUGGACCUGAUGGCAAAGAUGAUGAAGUCAAAACUGAGAACAAUUCCAGAAUGAAAAGGAGUAUUGUAGAUGAGGAUUGGACCAAUGAAGUGUGGGGAGGAGAUUCGAAUGACCUGAUGGAUAACUCACUGAUUCCAACAAACACUGUGACGUGCUGUGUGAAGAAACUGCAAUAUGGAGACAGGAAUUUAUUCAUGCAAAUGCUAUUCAGAACCAACGGUUUCAGAGAUCUCUCUUGGCCAAGUAUUAGACCCAAUAGACGAGGUGCAGAUUUCUAUGCAUGGGGAGGCAAAAGGACUUCGUUAUAA